CUGCUGAAAUGAUUGAAUAUUAUGAUAAAAUGUGCAUUUUAUAUUUAUGAUAAGAAUUUACAUUAACCUUUUAUUUAAUAUCCUUCAUGUAUAUACAUAAGUCGCAUAUUUUGAAAAUAAUUACUUUGUCAAAAAAGGCGUGAAAACUCGACAUUCAUUCUUUCGUAAGGUCCGGUGACGACAUGAAGCAGCUUCCGUUACUGUUUGCGGUGAUGGCCGGAAAAACCAGUGAAGACUACACACAGGUUUUCAAAGGCGUCAUGGACAUCCUCCAUAACGAAACUCGAGUGAAAGAAUUCAUGGUCGAUUUUGAAGCCGGGAUGUGGCAGGGCCUCCGGGAAGUUUUCGUCGAACCAACAAUUAAAGGAUGUGCCUUUCACUGGAACCAGGCCGUAUGGCGGCACGUGCAAAGCCUCGGUCUCCAGAGCGCCUACAAUCAACGCGACACUGUAUUCACCUUUGUCCGCAAGGUCAUGUCUAUACCGUUCCUGCCAGCGGAACAUGUGGAACCAGCGAUUAUGAGGUAG